CUCGAGAACAUUGGUUGACUUUUUAAUGCCGUUAGUUUAGCGUUAACUCGCCGUCGUACGUCGUUAGUUUACCGGUGGCUCCUUUUCUAAAUGUGAUGGUUGUUCUCACUCAGGCACGGCAGCUCCGCCUCUCUCCGCCACCGUCCUCUACUAUCUCCUCCAUCCUUUACGACCCUACGUCUCUAGCGCUUGCUCUCAUGCACUCUGACUCUUCUUUCUCUCUUUACCCUUCCAUCUCCCCUUUCUCUCCGUCUCCUCUCCGUUCCGCCACCACCACCACCGUCGUCUCUCCUCCGUCAUCCUCCGCUACCUUCCUCCGCCUCCGCUCUACCGAUACGUCUCGUGUUCUCUUCCUUGUCUCCUCCCCGCACCUUGCCGGGAGCUCGAUACUCCUUCGUUUCUAUAUCCUUCGAGCCGACAACAAAUUCGCUAGGGUUAGGGUCAUUUGUAAUCAAAGUGAUUUGAGUUUUGAUGAGAGGAAAUUAGGGGUUUUGUUUAGGGUAAAUCAUGGGGUUUCAAUUAAGCUCACGGGGUCAAUUAAUGUCUUCGCGAUGUACUCCGUUUCUGACUGUAAAGUUUGGGUUUUCGCGGUGAAGAUUGUGGAAGAGAGAGAUGAGGUGAAGUUGAUGAAAAGUGCGGUGAUUGACUGUGAUUUGCCUGUGUUUUCGAUUAGUGUUUCUGUUGGAUUUUUGGUGUUGGGGGAAGAGAAUGGAGUUAGGGUUUUUCCAUUAAGACCUCUUGUGAAGGGUGAAAUUAAGAAAGAACGUAGGCGUGAGAUAAGCAAGAAAGCUGACAAGUUGGAGGUGCAGAAGAUCAAUUUGCUGAAUGGCAUGAUUCCUGGAACCAAUGGAAGCUCGAUGCUGUAUGUGAAGUCUGGAAAAGUAGGUGGUAGUAGCAACAAAUGCAUAAAUGUCAAUGGUAACAUGGAACAAAAGAUUGGGAAACAUUCUGAUCAUACUGGGACAGCAAAGUUAAAAUCUGUGAAAAUAAGACAAACCUCUAGAGAAGGGGGAGUUCGUUUUGUGGCAUUUAAGAGCAAGGAGUUUGAGAAUUGCAAAUUCUCAAAAGUACCAUUGACAUCAAGAAAGGCAACUUCCAUCCACUUUUUAGCCCAUAAUAAGUUUCUGAUCUUAGACUCCGUUGGAGAGCUGUACCUGCUAUUACUAUCCAAUCUUGUCUCUGGAUCGGAAUCGACUUGUGACAUGAAGAAGUUGACUCUCACGAUGAAAGUUCAGAAUCUAGCCGUUCUUCCUGAUGAUUCCACAAGAGCUCAAACUGUUUGGGUAUCAGAUGGGCACUAUACUAUACAUGCAAUGGUGAUAUCUGACACUGAUGACGAUGAAGAAAAGAUUCAAAGCUCAGCCAUUGAAGUGAUAUUUACCAGUGAGAAGAUUCAAGAAAUUAUUCCUUUAGCCGCCAAUGCAAUAUUACUGCUUGGACAAGCCAAUAACAUCUUUGCUUAUGCAAUAUCGUAAUGAUGAUGGGUGAUUUUCUUUCCAAACUGAAUUUCAGGGCGUAUAUCUUCGAUCACAUGUUGAUGACUUGUUCCACUUAUGAAAUUCCUGGAUUGGCCUUUUUGUUUAAAAGAGUGGAUGCCGAGUGUUCUCUUCCGACCAACAUGUCUCAUUGUUAUAUCUGACCAAUCACAAGCUUCAGUUGUCUCUUAUACUUACAUAGUGUGAAUGUUUCAGGCAACACUGAACUCUUGAAGAGAAUGUUAUGAAACCAGUUUGGGGGAUUGCUGUUUGAGUUUUAUCGUGGGCAGGAGCGAGUUUCUCCAUGCCACCUAUGCAAGUAACAUGCUUCCAAACACAGCAAAGACACACUCGUGACUAAUUGCAUCGAACUUCGACUUCUGGAACUCAAGUCCACAGUGGGAGGAAUGACUCACCGGAAGUUUAGAAGGUGUGUGGUUUAUCAUAAUGCAUCAUAAGACAUUGCUUUUUGCAAUUCUGCAGCCUCAUGCCAUCUGCUGCUGAUAAAUUCUUAAAAAAACUUGUUGGUUUCUUCGAAAAAACGACCCAUCUUUUUCAUAAAUUAGUAAGCUCGAAGACGAGUAAACAUGUCUUCCUCUGAAACCCUCCUCAAUGCCCUCAUUAUGUUCCAUUUUCUUGUUUGAAAUCCGCGCUUUUUUUUAUUCGAGCAGCAUAAGCAACAUCAAGAUUAUGUUAUUUGAAGUUAGUCCGAACUUUUUGAUGCUUGAAGUUUCUUAAUAAUUCCCUUGGUAAAUUUUACUUGG